CGGCCCGGAUUCCGUUUACGCGUCUUUAAUCCCACUUCUCAUGUUGCAAGGAUCGACCAACUUUCUCAAAUCUGCACGAACACUCAGAAGGAGCUUACAAACGAAGCAUGUAAAGCGCCCACCACUCGGGUUUGCGUUCGAUAUAGACGGCGUACUUAUGGGUGGUCCUGAACCUUUGCCUAAAGCUCGCAAUGCUCUCAGGAUAUUGAAUGGAGAUAACCCCUUGAACGCAAAGAUACCGUACAUCCUGCUCACAAAUGGGGGAGGUCAUACAGAGUACGAGCGUGCGCAAAAGUUAUCUUCUUGUUUAGAUAUCCAGAUAUCGCCUUCCCAAAUCAUACAAGCGCAUACCAUCCUGAAAGACUAUGUCGAUCAAUAUGCUGACAAGGCUGUCCUAUGUUUGGGAGGCAUUGGCGAUACAAUGCGUAAAGUAGCAGAAAGCUACGGUUAUCGGAAAGCGUACACUACGACCGACGUGUUGGCAUGGAACACAUCAAUAUGGCCCUUUAUACACGUCUCAGAGUCAGAUCUCGCUUCCGCGAAACCCGUGGAUUUUUCGCGUACUCCAAUUUCCGCCAUAUUUGUCUUCCAUGAUCCGAGGAACUGGGGCGUCGACGUGCAAAUUAUGUGUGACGUUUUGCAGUCUGGAGGACUGUUGGAAGGCCCUUAUGUAGACAUAUCGACACAACAAUCUAACCCUAUCCAAGUGGUAUUUUGCAAUCCAGAUCUUCUAUGGAAGUCCGAUUUUCCUCGACCAAGGCUUGGGCAAGGCGCAUUCAAAGCAUCAUUCGAAGCGGUCUACAAGAUGAUAACAGGUUCAGAAUAUCCGUAUGUUCAAUUCGGAAAACCUACCAGACCUACGUAUGAUUACGCACGUCGUGUUCUUCAAAACCUCUUGGAAGAAUCAUACGGCCCCGGUGAACUUCCUCAUAUGUAUAUGAUUGGAGAUAACCCUGAAUCUGAUAUUGCCGGAGCGAAUGCAGCUGGCUGGUCCUCAAUUCUGGUGCACACAGGAGUUUAUGACCCUACUACUGGCCCCCCCACCCAUAUACCAAGUCGGGAAGCUCGAGACGUCGAAGAAGCAGUGAUUUGGGCUCUAGACAGGACUCUCAGGUCGAGGCCGUGAAGUUCUUGCACAUUUUCAAAUAAAGAACGACAUCUAGCAUUCUGAGAAACGUUGCGGAUACUAUGUGUCCUCCUGUCUCCAAUAGAUGUGAUAUGUACGUACGCCUAUAGACAUAAGGAAAUAUUAUACUUGCAAACCGAA